GUGUUUUCGACUUUUACUAUGUUUGUUCUAUGUUCAUAUGUUGUCUCAAAUUGUCUCUUCUCAACAGCACAAAACACGCGCAUGAGGCAAGAGCUCGAGGUUUCGGUCUGAGGUUCAAGCUGAGUACUUAGGAUUUUGUGUCUGUGACAAGAUUUCACAGAAAUUUUCUAGUUUACAAUCUGGAGGUUUUUAAUGAGUAAAGAUGAAAAAUCUUGUUUAUAUCAUGGAUAUUCAAGAUCGUUGUUGAAAUCUCUGGAUGAUGGCGCGCUCAGAAGCUGUAAGUUCAGUAGGAGAUAAUAUGUCGGUAGAUAAUGGAUCAAGGAAGCCUCGGAUUCUACUCGCCGCUAGUGGGAGUGUGGCUGCUGUCAAAUUUGCAAAUCUCUGUCAUUGUUUUUCUGAGUGGGCAGAAGUAAGAGCAGUUGCAACGAGUGCGUCACUGCAUUUUAUUGACAGAGAAGCAAUUCCUAAGGAUAUAAUUUUAUAUACCGACGAGAAUGAAUGGUCAAGUUGGACGAAACUAGGAGAUAGUGUGCUUCACAUUGAGCUUCGCAAAUGGGCUGAUAUCAUGGUCAUCGCUCCAUUAUCAGCAAACACUCUUGGCAAGAUUGCCGGAGGGUUGUGUGACAAUCUACUGACAUGUAUUGUUCGAGCAUGGGACUACAGUAAGCCAUUCUUUGUUGCACCAGCCAUGAACACUUUCAUGUGGAACAAUCCUUUCACGGAACGACAUCUCAUUGCCAUUGACGAGCUCGGUAUAUCUCUCAUCCCCCCGGUUACAAAGAGGUUAGCUUGUGGUGAUUAUGGCAAUGGUGCAAUGGCUGAACCAGCUACCAUUUAUUCUACUGUGAGGCUCUUUUACGAGUCAAAGGCUCAGCAAGGUAACGGUGACGUGUAGGAAUGUAUACAAGUGUGAAUGACCUUUAUAGUACUUGCCUUGGCCCCUUGAUCUGGUUUUAUUUACAUUCUUUUUUAGAAUUAUGUUUCUCUUACAUUCAGGUCUAAUCUGAUCAUAGUAGAUGGUGUGUAUUAAUAUUGCUAUAGCAGUCUCCUAAUUUCUAGAGGGAUGCUUUUGUAUCUCUUCAGUAACAGUUCUAGGUGUGUAUGCUCUUCUAGCUUUAUUAAUAAUGAAAUUUUAGCAAAAUAUAGGGUUUGGAUCUA